AUGGUGGGGAGUUGUGGUAACGGGGAACACCGGGCGCAGGCGCGCAGCAGGGCAGCCUCCGGUGGGGUCCUCGGGCGCCGGUGCAUGGAGCCGCGGUGUCGUUGUGCGCAGGCGCACUCAGCUCGGCGCAGGGUUGUGUGCGCAGGCGCGCUGCGGGGCAGCCCCGCGGGGUCCUCGGCGGGACCGGGAGCGGGGCGGUCAUGCUGGGCGCGGGGAGCGGCGGGCGGCGGCGCCAUCGUGGUGCGGGCGGCCAGCCGGGCCCUGAGCCUCAGCCACGGCCGGGGCACGGUGGUGGUGGAGCGCUGGUGGCAGGUGCCGCUCAGCAAGGAGGGCCGGCCCCCCCGCCUGUACCACCGGCGGCACCGCGUGUACCGGCUGCUGGAGGACACGAAGCACCGGCCGCGGGGGCAGCUGGAGCUCCUCCUCACCCAGCCCGUGGAGGGUUUGGGGACCCGUGGGGACCUGGUGAGCGUGGAGAAACGUGGGCGGAACAAGCUGCUGCCGCGUGGUUUGGCCGUGUACGCGUCCCCCGAGAACCGGCGGCUGUUCGAGGAGGAGAAGCAGCUGCGUCAGGAGGGGGGGAAGGUGGAGGAGCAGCAGACGCAGAGCGGGGAGAAGACCCUCAGCUUCCUCCGGAGCUGCCGCCUCGAGGUUGGGAUGAAGAACAACGUCAAGUGGGAGCUGAACAACGAGAUCGUGGCGCGGCAUUUCCUCAAGAACCUGCGGGUUUUCGUGCCCCCCCAUGCGGUGAAGCUGCCCGAGGAGCCCAUCACGCGCUGAGAAUACUGGUGCGAUGUGACGGUGAACGGGCUGGACACGGUGCGGGUGCCCAUGACCGUGGUGCAGUUCAUGCGCCCCAAGACCCGGCGCUACCGGCACUGGCUGCAGCAGCAACGGGAGGCGCUGGAGGCCACCAGGGAGGGGUUGCUGUGAAACUGGGGGGGCCCCCGACCCCCCUGGGACCCCCAAACUACACCUGGGACCCCCCAACUCCUUGGGAUCCCCAAACUGCUCCCAGGACCCCCAGACUGCCCCCAGGACCCCUGGGACCCCCAAACUACACCUGGGACCCCCCAACUCCUUGGGAUCCCCAAACUGCUCCCACGACCCCCACAGGACCCCCAAACUGCCCCCAGGACCCCUGGGACCCCCAAACUACACCUGGGACUCCCCAACUCCUUGGGAUCCCCAAACUGCUCCCACGACCCCCCACAGGACCCCCAGACUGCCCCCAGGACCCCUGGGAUCCCCAAACUACACCUGGGACCCCCCCAACUCCUUGGGAUCCCCAAACUGCUCCCAGGACCCCCACAGGCCCCCCAAACUGCCCCCAGGACCCCCCCAACUCCUUGGGACCCCCAAACUGCCCCCCAGGACCCCUGGGACCACCUCAGGACCCCCAAACUCCCCCCAGGACCCCUGGGACUCCAAACUACCCCUGGGACCCCCCCAGGACCUCUGGGAUGCCCCCAACUCCUUGGGAUUCCCAGACUGCUCUCAAGACCCCCAUGGGAACACCCCCAGCACCCCAAAUUGCCCCCGAGACCUGUGGGACCCCCACAUUCCCCCAGGACCCCCCUGGAACCCCCAAAGUCCCCCCAGGACCCAGGUGCGGUUCCCCAGAAAGGAUUGGGGGGGUGGUUCCUGGAGCUGCUCGGUCACAGGGGGGGACACAGGUGGGGUGGGGGGGGUCCCAGCGCUUUUAUUGGGGUGAGACCCCCCCCUCAAGACGCUGCUCCCGGCCCCCCCAGCUGCUCCCGGAUGCGACGCGGCAGCUCCGGCUGCGUAAAGUACCCUGGGGGGGUACGGGGGGGUGAGGGGACGCCUGGGACCCCCUAUGUACCCCCCAGGCAUUGGGGACCCCCCCGGGACCCCCCGUCACCUGCAGCGAACUCCAGGACAUCAUCCGGGCGCUGGUGCAGCAGCUCCCUGGUUGGGGGAGGGGGGGGCACAGGGUUUUUUGGGGGAAAUGGGCUGUUUUGGGGGUUUUUAUGGCAAAUGAACGUUUGUUUUUCACA